UUAAGGAGUUGUUCGGAUUUGGGGGGAAUUGACGUGUAUUUUUAAACUGUAUUUUGACUACAUGAAUACGUUUAUCUUUUCUGGUUACACAAUAUGUCAUUUUUCAGUCGACGUAAUUCUCAGCUUUUAGUUGGAGAGGUGUAUGAAAGGCUGCAAUGCUGAGGGGAAACCAUUGCACGCGUUUGGAGUGCAUGAAAGCGCUUCAGUGUACGUCCUACUUGUAAACCUCUACAGCAGGGCGAUUUUGCGCGUUCCCGUGGACUCGCCAUAGAAAACAAAGCUGAACGUCUUCCAUAUCAGCUAGGGGUGCAGGCGUGAGGACUAUCCGAAUUUAUUCUGGCUACAUCACACAGAAUAUGGAUUUACAGUGGGUGUAACAUCGUUGGAGACCGAGCCUUCUCGGCUGGGGUGACGGCAGGACAUUAGCAAAAACCGACGAAAACAACAUCUGUGGUUUUUCUCGGGGUGCUUUGUCUUGUCCACCUAACGAUAGCAAACCAUCAUUUUCAUUUAAAUUGCAAGGAAUCCAGCUAGUGAUUACUAGCUGCUUCCAGGAUGUAUCAUCAUGUUGUCACCUAAAAGUAAUUGCUAGGACGUCGGAUUGUGAAAGGAAACGCAGAAAACCCUCUCCCAGGUCCCAACGGGUUGUCACCGGGACCUGAAUCUGUGUUAGCCACAGCCGCGGAACCCACUGUUUUCGGCGAUAUGGCGGAGCAAGGCUACUCAUCUUGGGCCUACUCCCUAGUCGACUCCAGUCAGGUGUCCACCUUCCUCAUCUCCAUCCUUCUUAUCGUCUAUGGCAGCUUCAGGUCAUUAAACAUGGAUUGUGAGAACCAGGAGAAGGACAAAGAUGGUAACCCAACAACAACAGGUGCUUUUAAUAACAACAACACAAACAACAGCAUUCAGACUAUAGACUCGACGCAGGCCUUGUUUCUGCCAAUAGGAGCGUCCGUGUCUCUGCUAGUCAUGUUCUUCUUCUUUGACUCGGUACAGGUGGUCUUCACCAUCUGCACUGCAGUUCUUGCUACAAUUGCAUUUGCAUUCCUCCUGUUGCCAAUGUGCCAGUAUCUGACCAGACCCUGCUCCCCACAGAACAAGAUCUCGUUUGGUUGCUGCGGGCGCUUCACCCUGGCUGAACUCUUGUCCUUCUCGCUGUCGGUCAUGUUGGUGCUCAUCUGGGUGCUGACGGGACACUGGCUCCUCAUGGACGCACUGGCAAUGGGUUUGUGUGUCGCCAUGAUAGCCUUCGUUCGGCUCCCCAGUCUGAAGGUGUCUUGCCUGCUGCUGUCAGGACUACUCAUUUAUGAUGUUUUCUGGGUGUUUUUCUCAGCCUACAUCUUCAACAGUAACGUGAUGGUCAAAGUGGCCACCCAGCCUGCUGAAAACCCGAUAGAUGUUCUCUCCAGGAAGCUGCACCUGGGACCGGGGAUGGGGCGCGAUGUUCCCCGCCUGUCUUUACCCGGCAAACUGGUCUUUCCAAGCUCCACAGGAAGUCACUUCUCCAUGCUGGGAAUAGGAGACAUUGUGAUGCCGGGGCUGCUCUUGUGCUUCGUCCUGCGUUACGAUAACUACAAGAAGCAGGCGACAGGGGAAGUCCCGGGGCCGGGUAACAUGUCCGGACGCAUGCAGCGCGUCUCCUAUUUCCACUGCACUCUCAUUGGAUACUUUGUGGGUAAGCAACCGAUCAAUGGGCAGAUGGACGUGAAAGGUCAAGGCCUGCUAACUGCCACAGUGGCCUCCAGGAUCCAUCGUGCCGCGCAGCCCGCUCUUCUUUACCUGGUCCCCUUCACCCUGCUGCCUCUGCUCACGAUGGCCUACCUGAAGGGGGAUUUGCGGCGCAUGUGGUCCGAGCCCUUUCACGCCAAGGCCAGCAGCUCACGCUUCCUGGAGGUAUGAUGCACCUGGGGACGAACAACCAGCGCGGGGAAGACUGCUGAUCUUUUCCCUUGAUUAGAGGGAAGGAGAGGGCGCGCACUCACAGUGAGGCCAUGUUGUCAUCACUUCAUGCUUUCCACCAAUCUUCUGUGAAGGACACCAGUGUGUGGAUCACAACGCCCCAGCACAGCUCAUCUUCGGUUUCGACAUCCUGUCUGUUUCAUCUCAACUUCCUCUUUGCUGUUUAUUUCCUAUUCAUUAUAGAACAUCCUGCCUGUGCUGUUUUUGUUCUGUCCCCCUCCCUGCCUUCUUUUUCCACUUGUGUAGUUGAUCUCGUUUGCCACUUCCUUCACACGGCCCGUCCCAUUCGUCAGGCCUCUCUCGUCUCUGCGAUUUCCUUCUUUUUCUUCGUCGAUUCCCCCUGCAUCACGGUUUUUUCUCAGACGAACUCAUGGACCAGGCCUCCCCACUUUUUCUGGACUUACGGUUGUGAGACGUGGCCGGGGGUUUAUAUAUAAAUGAUUUGUUUUUUGUUUUUUUUUAGCGUUGUCUUGGUCAUCAUUAAUAUUAUUAAUGGACGAUUUCAAGAAAUAAAGGAGGGUUGGAGUGUUCCGGUGGCGCACAGCGGUGCCCAGAAGCAGCCACACAGAACGGGAGAGGCAACUUCCCUCUCCGUCCGUCUCCCUCUUUCAUCUCUGCUUUCUUCCUCCGUUUCAUCAUCCUCUCCACAAUGGCUUCCCUCCUGACACUCCUGGCGCGCCCCACCCUCUUCCUCCUCCGUUCAUCUGCUGUCCUCAUCCCCCUCCCUCACAGAUAACUAUGUAUUUUAUUUAGAAAAGUUUUAUUCUUGGCAUAUACAAAACUGAUGCAUUAUAAAACAUUGAGCCCCCCCCUUCCCCCUCACCAGCGUUGGAGGGGUUGCUUCUAUUUGUAUAUAUGUGUACACAUGUAUUUGCAAUAUAUUGAGUUUGUAUUUGUGUUUGAGAGCAUGUUGAAAAGGGUGGGAACCUGACCACGGCCAGCAGAGGGGUUUGGGAGAACUUUGGCUGUCACGUGUGUUUAGUCCGACCACCAAGAAGCUCAACUCCAGAGUUUGGAACCAGGCCGAGGGUUGUUGGUUAAUAACAAAGUGACUUUCCUGCUCUUCUGUUGAAGUGUGCGUGUGUGUAUCUGUGUGUGCGUUCGUUUGUGUGUGCGUGUGUGUGUAUUGGAGAGCAGAAAACGGUUGUUUUACCGGAUUUUAAAUUGAUUAGAUGACGAGAAUGGAAGAAUGAUGGCAAUAGUCAGGUUUCCAUUGAGCUGUGUGUUGGAUCUAAGGUUGUCAAACACAUGACAUUGUUUGGAAACGGUCUUUGUCUCCUUAUUUUAAAAAUAGAAAAUUAAUAAAAGGUCUGUAGAAACUUGACAGUGGGUACAUUUUUUUUUUUUUUAAAGUCCAUUUUGCAUGUUGGGUCAUCAUGUUGGUUUUUAAGAUGAAAGAAGUCGUACACAUCUGAAUUUUAAGCCUGUGAAAGGCCACAAACACUAAAAGCAACUUAUUUUAACUUCCACAGAUACAGAAAUCAUGACGAGUCGAUAUGGGGUCUGGAAAUAAAACCACCCGUUUGAAUGUGUGAAAUUUAAGCAUUUCACCUCAGUUGAUGAAGACCUGACUAUUGUGAGGGGUUACUCUCAAAUUAGAGCUGCUGUUCUCUGGAGUUGGAGGACUGACUGUGGUUAGAUUCAUGCAAGUUUCCCGGCUGGGUGGUUGUGUGUGUGUGUGUGCAUUUCUGUAUGCGCGUGCUUGAUCAAAUCAUAAAACCUGUUCCGACGUAGGGAGGGGAGUUGUGAGUCAGUCGUGCCCUUCAGAGAAAAAACAUGAAAAUUAGAGUUUAAAGCCACCUCACAUGAUGUUUUUUCACCAUUUGGUACCAGACAGUUUUGUUUUUUGUUUGUUUGUUUUUUGGGGUCUUUCCGAUGUUUUGUGGUGCUUGUCAGUUGAUAUCUAACGUGUACUGGAAAUCAUGAGCGAUCACACUGCAGGAAGUCUGACAGAUGUGUGAAUGACAGUCUUUUCUCCGCCCCCCCCGUCCCCGGACCCCAUUUUUUAUGCUACUUGGCCGUGCAUGUUCAGUGUACAGUGUUCCAUUUCUCAGAUUGCAUUAACAGGGCUACCGCAGUUGUGAGCCCUGCCGGCCAACUUUGAGGCAUUGGACCUAUGAGCUGGUGUCAGCGGGCGCCACAAAAGCUGCAGGUCAGACAGACUGCCAGUGGUCAGUGGUCUGACCCCCUCCGACUGAUUCCCAGAGACUGAAUAUUAGGAGCUGAAUGCUGUCAGGUUUGGGACGCCCGCCAUUCCGCUCAGUGCAGUCGUCUAAAUUCUGACAUUGUGGAAGUACAAACCUCCUUCUUCACCCUGUCAUGGACACGGAAAGAAAAAAAAAUAUAUAUAUAUAUAUUUAUAUGCAUAUAUAUACAUCUGUGUGUGUGUGUAUAUAUACAUAUAUAAAUAACUGAAAAUGUUUUUCUUUUUAGCCCCUGGUUUGUAAUUUUUUUUUUUUCCUUAGUGCUUAAAUUUUGUUUGUUUAUUGACUCCCCU